UUGGGAGCACCGUAGGCGCUGUGUAACUCUUUAACGUACCUGCUGGUGAAGUGGAAGGGCCGGUCGGUGCGGUGAGGGUUUGAUGGGUCGCUGCGGAGAGUCCGCGAGCUAAAAGCUAAUGUUUCUCGGCUAAAGCGCACCGGCGAAUUUUAAAUCUCGUGCCCCUCCUAUUCUGGUGUCCGCCAGCUUCCUCGCGCACACGUUCAAAAGCACGCACUACGGUACAAGCGAGCGUUUGCGCGCGUGCAGUUGUCGGCUCGGUUUGCGACAGGGCAGCUGUGUCGUGCUCAGCUUCCACACGUCCGAGGCGGCAUAAUAAUUAAUACCGUCUAAUAACGUAUUGAAUACUGUGGUGAAAAAUAAUAGGCCACCAGAUGGCGUACUGUUUUUGACCUCCUGUUUAGUACAGCAGGACGGAAUUCAAGCAGUGUGGUUUAAUAUACUGUACUGUACUAUAUAGACUAGGACAGUAUUUGAACAUGCUCUCCGGUUUCUCUUCCACUUCUCCUGUGUUUCGCCGUUACCAUGGCGUUCGUGACACAAUGAAAAACCGACCGUAUCUGCGCGCGGAGAGAAUGAACAAUGACUAUAGUUGACAAAGCUUCAGAGAAAUCUGACUUUGAGUCAGCGCAGUCCAAGCACUCCGGCUCCCUGACUCCUGUUUCCUCUGGAGACGUGGCUGACGGCAGCUCCAAUUGGAGUGUUGACUCUUCUACAGCUGAGUGUUCCAGGGUCAUGGCUACUUGUGUGGCUCCCAGCCUUGAAGUCACGGUGUACGGAGGCACCACAGCACUUCCUGCUGGGAGGCCAAAUGAGCAAGUGGCCAUGAAUUGUGGUGAUGGCAUCACACUGCCCCAGAAGAUCUUGUUUCCAUCAGAGCGUCUCAGCUUGAAAUGGACCCAAGUCCAUCGUAUUGGAGCAGGUCUCCAGAACCUGGGCAACACGUGUUUUCUGAAUUCAGCUCUUCAGUGUCUUUCAUACACUGCACCUCUUGCCAACUACAUGCUGUCCAGAGAGCAUUCCAAAACAUGUCACGAGUCUGGAUUUUGCAUGCUGUGUACCAUGCAGAAUCACAUCAUCCAGGUGUUUGCUAAUUCGGGGAAUGCCAUUAAGCCCCUUGGCGUGCUGCAUGAACUAAAACGGAUUGCAAAGCAUUUCCGGUGUGGGAAUCAGGAGGAUGCCCAUGAGUUCCUGCAGUACACAGUGGAUGCUAUGCAAAAGUCCUGCCUGCCUACUAAUAAAUUGGACAGGCAAACGCAGGCCACUACUCUGAUCCAUCAGAUAUUUGGAGGAUAUUUGCGGUCCAGAGUGAAGUGUAUGAACUGCAAAGCAGUAUCCGACACAUUUGAUCCUUAUUUGGAUAUUGCUCUGGACAUCAAGAAUGCUCCAAAUAUUACCAAGGCUCUUGAGCUGUUUGUUAAGGCUGAGCAGUUGGAUUGGGAGAAUGCCUACAAGUGCAGCACGUGUAAGGAAAUGGUUCAAGCCACAAAAAGGCUAAGCAUUCACCGCAACUCCAAUGUGCUUACCAUCUCUCUGAAGCGCUUUGCCAACUUCAACGGAGGCAAAAUUUCUAAGGAUGUGAGAUACUCUGAGUAUCUUGACUUGCGGCCCUACAUGUCUCAGUCUCACGGAGACCCGCAGAUUUACGGGCUGUAUGCUGUGCUGGUGCAUUCAGGCUUCAGCUGCUACGCGGGACACUACUACUGCUACGUGAAGGCAAGUAAUGGCCAGUGGUAUCAGAUGAAUGAUUCAUCAGUGACUCCCACUGAUAUACGAUCUGUGCUGAACCAACAAGCAUACCUGCUGUUCUACAUCAAGCAAGGGUCCACAGAUCUGAAAAAUGGAGAUUUGAACCAGAUGGGUUUGACUCCAGGCCACUCAUCUCACCGGCCAGUUGUAACACCCAAGCUAAAUGGACAUUCUCAUACCUCCUCAUCCAUCAUUGGUCCACAGCUCCCUCCUCACAUGUUAAAGAGUAACUCGCACGUCAAUGGCAACGGUUCCUCGAAGGAGUAUCACAGUGGGUCAAAGCCCAGCAGCAGCGACAUCAGCGGAGUGAACAAAGCCACCUCCAGUUUGACUUACUGUUCCUCCACCACUUCAUCCUCUGCUUCUCAUCAACCCGUCCACCCCACAAGCAUCCCAGAGCCACAGAAGAGGCCCAAGAUGAGCUUUCUUGUUGGCUCCGGAAAGGUGGUGCGGGGCAACCGGGCCCCAUCAUCCUCCAGCAGCUCUUCAUCGUCAGACAGCUAUUCUUACCCACAGUCUUCGUCCUCUACCUCAAAAUUCCAGCACUCCAAGCAGGUCAAUGGCACAUCCUCGUAUCACAGUGCUACUUUUUUGGUUCCCUAUGAUGAGGAAUCAUCUGAGGAGUCUGAUCAGGAGAGCAGAGUCUUGGACAGUGGUACUGCUAAGCCUUAUGGUGUUGCCAAGGCAGCCAGUGAGAACAGUGGCACGCACAGCCCCCUCUCUCAUAGUUCAAGCUCACUCUCACCUGAGACAAAUGGAUUUAACAGCUUUUCAGCGUCUCGCAUGGCUGAAAACGGGUCAGGACACGGCCCCCUGAAUGGCCAUCACAAAGUCAACGGCUUUAAACAUUCUGACAAGGCAUCAGACAGUCCAGCCUCUGAAUCUUCCAUAAGCGACACGAACAGUUUGGACUCCCAGAGUGUGCUAAGCUCAAAGUCCGAGGGCCUCCUCUCCCCAUCACCCUCCAUGGAAAAGGCGAAACCACUCACUGACCCUCUCACUCAGCAUGUCUCACACCCAGCAACUACACCUAGCGCAGACACCCAGGCAAUGGCUAACUCGGUAGAAGUGAGCCCUAGCACGCAGGCGACCUUAACAGAGGCGUCAAGUGACGUGAAGACCAUGACAAAGUCCACCCUGAGCAGUUACAGUGCCAGCCAGCAGGUCACUGAUGAACUUGCAUCACUAGAUAUACCCAAGAUGGAGGCAAAGACCGUCAGUGUUGCAAAUGGGAAAGAAGACAUGAAACCGUGUCAGUCAGGCAAUCACAGCACUUGGGAAGGAAAAAGACCGGCUGAGCACCAAGAGCAUGAUGGCGAUUUAAACCAGCCACUUGUUUCUACUGCCACAAAGGACACCAAUAGAGACAAGGGGAACCAUCGCCACUACAGAGAGCUCAAGAACAGGAGCAGAGAACGUUAUAGCCGUUGGCCAGAGAGAGAGAAUUAUCCACAUAUGGAGCACUUCCGCAGUCGCUACAGCGACAGACAUGUGAACAGCCGCCGAGACCACAACUACAACAGAGGCCGAGAGGAGCGUUUAUACGAUUGGCAGUGGGACAGGAAACCCCAAUCCUCGCACCGCUCUUCAAGCCACAGUUAUAAAGAGCUGGCAUGGUGCCAUGCACGCAGAAACAGUCGUAAUAGGUGGAACUACAAUGGAGAGCAGAGCAGCAAUAGAGCAAAGCCCUCGUCUCCACGUUCCACCAGCCCCUUGCCCCAGCCCAGAAAACGCAGUUUGUCAGGUGAUGACAGCAUGUCUGAGGAGCGCCGGGUCAAGAAAUCCAAAAAAUCAAAGAAGAAGAAUAAAGAUAAGCACAGGAGUUUAGAAAGGGAUGUGUCUGACAAGAACCAGGACAACAGUUCCUCCCGACACAAAAAGAAGAAAAAGAAGAAGAGGAGGCAUGAGGCAGAGGACAGAUCUCACAGAGAGAGGCAGUCAACCCUCAGCUCAGACAAGCGUGAUUGGAAAGGCAGGAAUGGUGAGGAGAGGAGGAGCCAUAAGCACCAGCACAGCUCUGACCGAGACAGUUCUUCUCACCAUGCCAAAAAGUUAUGCACUGGGGACCUUCACCAACUCAAUGGUCAUUCAGGUAAUGGUGUAAACCAUUACAAUGGAUAUGUGCAAGGAUUCUUUCAUAAAGAAAUGGAUGCACAGGCCAGAUACAGAGACUUGAACCGUACUACUUCUAACAACAGUGGGAAGAUGUUCUUAUGUGGAGGAGAAACCGGAGAGACAGGCCCUGUGCCAUGCAGAUAAAACGGAGGAGUUUGGAGACCUGCCUCAAACUCCAUCCUGCCCAGAUCUCUGAGGACAAGGAAAAACUCUAAUAACUUUUUCUAAAUAUUGUAAAGGUGCUUUAAUCAAUAAAGACAUUGUAUUUUCUGCAACAAAAAUGCUUUAAUUUUUUUUUAGGAUUAAGGAUUUUUUACCAUGCUGUACGGUGGAACUUUGAAGAAAAACAACAAAAAAAUGUAACAAAUAUUAAUAUAUACGCAAACCGGAAGAAGAAGCCUGGAGCUUUAACAUCAAAAUUGCUGCUCAGACAUAGACUCAGGACUUUCUCACUUGUGAAGAUGACACACUCUAUUCUCCCUUUAAGGACGUGCACCUGGGAAUGAUGAAAAAAGUGAACUAAAAUGCUGCAUAAAAGUGUAAAGACUGUCUCCCGGCUGGCGAACUAUGAUGUCACCGUUUUCACGUUUCUGUUUAAAAUCUUAACAGAACAUAUAAUUUUUUUGUGCUUUGUGUGCACUUACACCACAGUUAACCUGGACACACUUGACAUUUCUGCCUACUUUCCCCAUUUUUGUAAUUUCUUUUAAACUUGAGACUGUCAAUCUCCAGGAUCCGUCUAAUGGCAUUAUACCGUCUUUUCCAAUUUUCUUCACAUAGAAAAAAUGUACAUUGCAUUAUAUUCUGUAUGGCUGUGGAUUAUUUUGUGUGUAGGUUUUUAAUCUUUAUUUUCAUGUUAAAAAUACUGUGAAUUUAUGUUAAACUGUACUAUCAGUUAUUUGUUUACAAUCCUGUAUCAGGAAUUCAGUAUAAACAAUUCUUCUAGAAAAACCACUCUGCAUAAUCUAGGCCAUGUUCUAAAAUAUUUCCCCCUUUUGACAAAAAUAAGUGAAAAUGGUUAUGUUCAAAUCCUACAUUUUACUGUAGCAUGUUGAAAAUUUAUAUGUUGUACAUUCAAUAUUAAUUAAGAGGGAAUAGGCCUUAAUGUCUACAAUUGUAAUAUUUUCUCAGUAUGUUUACAGAUUUCUGUUGGGAUGAAUGGACAUGUAUGUGAUGAUCGGUUGAGUGGCUUUGUACAGGGUGAGGUCUAUUCUCGCCUUUUGGAUUAAAAA